AGCGAGAGAAGGGCAGGAGCCCGGGCGCGGGGCAGUGGGCGAACGCGGGCGCCGAGACCCCCGAGAGUGCCGAGCGCGAGCGGACAGUCUGUCUCCCGGUGCAGGCGGCCCGGCCGCCGGAUCCGCUCGCAGCCUGGGCGCCCCGGGCCAAGCACGGGGGGCGGGGCCAGGGCGGGCUCCCUGCGAGGGCGGGCGCGUCUGAGCCGGAGCCCCAGAGCCGCCCCACCGGGCCGCGCCCCGAGCGAGCCUUAGAAAUGCCCGCGCUGGGGGAGCGAGCGCCUGCCGCUCCGUGGGCCCGGAGGAGACGCUGAAGGUCGCCGGGAAGUGAGCGCCCAGUCACCUGACCCCCGGGGCGCACCUAGGCGGAGCGGGAUCCAUGCGAGGCUGGCGGCCGGGGGCCAGGAGCAGGCGGCGCGGAGCGCGCGGAGCCGGGCCGGCGGGGGCGCGCGGCGGGCGGGCGAGGGCGCGGCCGGGCACCCGCGGCGGCCUCGCCAUGUCCCAGCCGGCGGGGAGGAUGCAUUGCCGAAAGGCGGGGAUCCGCGCCGCGGUGGUGCUCAUCGGACUCCUGCACAAAUCCCGAAAACAGAAUAAAGAGAAAAGGAAGCAGGAGCUGGCCAACAGCUCAGAUGUAACUCUCCCAGACCGGUCACUGUCCCCUCCUCUCACUGCGCCUCCCACCAUGAAGUCGGCGGAGUUCUUCGAGAUGCUGGAGAAAAUGCAGGGGAUCAAGCUCGAAGAGCAGAAGCCAGGACCCCCGAAGAACAAGGAUGACUAUAUCCCGUACCCCAGCAUCGAUGAGAUUGUGGGGAAGGGAGGCCCAUACCCCCUGGUUGUCCUGCCCCAGUUCGGGGGCUACUGGAUUGAGGACCCAGAGAACGUGGGCACGCCGACCUCCCUGGGCAGCAGUGUGUGCGAGGAGGAGGACGAGGACAGCCUCAGCCCCAGCACCUUCGGCUACAAGCUCGAGUGCAAGAGCGAAGCCAGGGCCUACCGCAGGCACUUCCUGGGGCAGGAUCAUCUAAACUUUUACUGUACCGGCAGCAGUUUGGGGAACUUGCUCCUGUCCAUCAAGUGUGAGGAGGCGGAGGGCAUUGAGUACCUUCGGAUUAUUCUCAGGUCCAAGGUGAAGACAGUGCAUGAACGGAUCCCCUUGGCAGGAUUGAGCAAGCUGCCCAGCAUCCCUCAGAUUGCAAAGGCCUUCUGUGAUGAUGCAGUGGGACUGAAAUUCAGCCCUGUCCUGUACCCCAAGGCCUCCCAAAUGAUUGUGUCCUAUGAUGAGCAUGAUGUCAAGAACACAUUCAAAUUUGGAGUCAUUUACCAGAAAGCCAGGCAGACCCUGGAGGAGGAGCUGUUUGGGAACAAUGAGGAGAGCCCAGCUUUCAAGGAGUUCUUGGAACUGCUGGGGGACACCAUCACCCUGCAGGACUUCAAAGGUUUCCGAGGAGGCCUGGAUGUGACCCACGGACAGACGGGGGCGGAGUCAGUGUACACGAUAUUUCGGGACAGGGAGAUCAUGUUUCACGUCUCCACAAAGCUGCCCUUUACAGAGGGAGACGCCCAGCAGCUCCAGAGAAAGAGACACAUUGGCAAUGACAUUGUGGCCAUCAUCUUCCAAGAAGAAAACACACCGUUUGUCCCAGAUAUGAUUGCCUCCAACUUUUUACAUGCCUACAUCGUGGUGCAGGCUGAGAGCACGGGCACAGAGACCCCAUCCUACAAGGUCUCGGUCACUGCGCGGGAAGAUGUGCCUGCCUUCGGCCCACCUCUGCCCAGCCCCCCUGUUUUCCAGAAGGGCCCGGAGUUCAGGGAGUUUCUGCUCACGAAGCUCACCAACGCAGAGAACGCUUGCUGCAAGUCGGACAAGUUUGCAAAGCUGGAGGACCGGACGAGGGCCGCCCUCUUGGACAACCUUCACGAUGAGCUCCAUGCACGCACACAGGCCAUGCUGGGACUGGGCCCAGAAGAGGACAAGUUUGAGAAUGGGAGCCAUGGGGGAUUCCUGGAGUCUUUUAAGAGGGCCAUCCGCGUGCGCAGCCACUCCAUGGAGACCAUGGUGAGCAGCCAGAAGAAGCCGCAUGGUGGAGGUCUCCCUGGCAGCCUUAGCGGGGGCAUCUCCCACAACAGCACGGAGGUCACCAAGACCACCUUCUCGCCUCCAGUGGCGGCGGCGACCGCCAAGAACCAGUCGAGGAGCCCCAUCAAGCGACGGUCAGGGCUCUUCCCCCGUCUGCACACAGGCUCCGAAGGCCAAGGGGACAGCCGGACGCGAUGUGACAGUGCAUCCAACAACCCCAAGGCUCUGGAUGGCGGGCACUCUUCUCAGGAGAUAAAGUCUGAGACCUCAUCUAAUCCCAGCUCUCCAGAAAUCUGCCCCAAUAAGGAGAAGCCCUUCAUAAAGUUGAAGGAGAACGGCCGGGCCAACAUCUCCCGCUCCUCCUCCAGCACCAGCAGCUUCAGCAGCACGGCGGGGGAGGGCGAGGCCUUGGAGGAGUGUGACAGCGGGAGCAGCCAGCCGUCCACCACCUCGCCCUUCAAGCAGGAGGUGUUUGUCUACAGCCCAUCCCCCAGCAGCGAGAGUCCCAGCCUGGGGACGGCCACUACUCCCAUCAUCAUGAGCCGGAGUCCUACAGAUGCCAAAAACAGAAAUUCCCCGAGGUCAAACCUAAAAUUCCGCUUUGACAAGCUCAGCCACGGGAGCUCCAGUGCGGGUCACUAAUGAGAAAGAGGAGUCCUUUGCGUAUCAAAGGGAAGCCUCAGUUCUGUCUCGGAGAAGGCUCCUGUCCUAGCAGUGCGGGGGUGCCAUUCACUACUAUGACCAUCACAGGCCUGUUGCUCCACCGGCCACCUGCCCACCAGACCUGUCCUGAUGUCCUGACCUGUCCACAGUGGCCCGCCCCUUCUCCAGGACACCCUGCCAGCACCUCCCCUUCUGUGGACAAAGCCUCAUUCCUCCAGUCUCCCCUGCUCCUCACCAUCCCCUGUGCUGUGUGUCUGGGGCAUUUGUUAUCUUGUUUUUGCCUGCAGAGGCAAGUGUUGGGCAAGGGGGAACCUGGGUACUGGGGACUUGGAGACCGGAGAGGCAGAGAGCAUGGGAUGUGGGGAGUGCAGGCCCACUGAGGGCUGUGUCUUGGGCCUGGUAGGUAUAGUGAGUGCGUUCUUGCUGGUGGAGGGAGCACUUUUCUAGGGGCCCAUUUGUAGCUCCUCAGAGAUGUCCUGAUAGACAUUGGCUCUGUUGCUCUCACACUUCUGGAGCUCCCAGUAUCUGCUUGCUUCUCUGCCAGGAACUUCUCCUCCUUCUGCUGCCACAGGCCCAGGGCUGCCUCUGUCCCUGCUGCCGGCGCACAGCCCGGUGUGUGUGGGAGCGGGCGCCACACCCUUCCUUUUGGCUGAUUUCAUGCCAGCUCUAGUCGGUGGCUGCUGGGGGAGAAGCCCUGUGUCGGUGGCUCCCCUUUGAGUGUGUGUUUUUCCCAUGAAGGGGAGAGCAGCCAGGACAGAGAAGGAAUCCAGGGAGAGAGCCAGUGAGCGCCUGGGCCUUGGCAGAGGAGGACCUUGGGUGCGAGGGUGAGGCGGUGACCCAGGUGGUGGCUGUCCCUGGAGGUUCAUGGAGAGUUACCCCAACCCAGCUCUUUUGUGGAGCGGGAGAGGUGAGGUGGGGAUGACUCGGUAGGUGUGGUCAGGCCGACUGUGGGUGUAGAACUUAGGUGACAGGAAGGAGCGACCUCCUUCUGCAUUUCAUGUGGGCAGCUCAGUGCUGCCUGGGGGGCUCUUUCCAGCGACUGUGCCCUUUGGCUUUGUCAGGGUGGGAUCCCCAGCCCUAUUCCCUUUCCCAACUGUGGGCCUGUGGGCAGCUGUCACACUGGAGGCAUUCCUGCAUCCUGGGCCCCGGCUGGGUGCAGUUCGGACACCACCUGCCAUCUGCCCCCUCAGCUAGAGAGAGCCACCUCCCCUGGGAUGGGACAGCCGCUCCCUGCUUCUCACUACCCACCUGAGUCUGCAGGUGGUUUCUGCAGACCUGCCCUGGCGGGGUUUAAGGCCUGGUGUCCUCCAGGUAAAAACAGAGUCUGAAGAGCAGACUCUUGGAGGUGCUGCAAUUUCAAGUGUGCAUGGGGCGUCCGGGACACGGGGCUGCACGCUGGCUGGGCUCCUGCUUGAAUGAGCAGGUGAUGAGGGUUUCCAACCAAAUGCUUUAUUUGCAUUGGAUCUGGGCUUAUCCCCAAAGUCAAGGCAUACAAAUGUUACCCUUGUUUUUGACUGAUGUGGCCAUUUCCCCAUUGCUUUUUCAGUUAGAGCAAAACCUCGAUCCUCUGCUCCCCUGCUCCCAUGGAUGUGGUGGGAUCUGGUCUGCGGGCUGGUGGACCUCUCCCCCACAUUAUUCAGGGAAUGUGUUUACUUAAAGUACUAGUCCAGUAGAACUUAUUCUAGUUAGAAGGUCAACAAAUGCCUGUUUAGAUUUUAUGACAAAUCACCGUGGCAGCACCCACUGCUGGAGCGAGGCCUGAGGAUGCUGGCAGCGUUCUGCUGGCUGAGUUUCUGAAGGAACUUGGAAGGUCAAACUGCAUUUCUUUAAAAACAGUUCCAGGGUUCUGGCUUGCUUCUUUGGAUAGCCGGUACUUAUAGCUGCUCCGUGGUUGUGCUGUGUUGUGUCAUGGUCUGGGGGUCUUCUGGGGUUUCCAGGUGGCCCCCACUCUGUCCUACUUGGGAACCUCAUACCCCGCUUCCCCCUGUGCUCUGCUGCCCCCACUGCAGCUCCCACCUGCUGGGAGGGCUUCCCUCCUGCCUCCGCCAGUGGCCGGCAUGGCUGGGUGUGACCAGGGAAGCUGAGAGGUGCAGGUCUGCCCUGAGCUUCACUGACCUGAGAGGGGGCAUUUACCCUCUGUUUGCUAAUGGGGAUGCUCUGGGAAGGAUCUAAACUGUUCCUCCCCUCAUGUCCUGCAUGACCAUCCCUAAAAAAGUCCAUCCUAUGGCUUCCAGAAUGUACAUACCCAGCCUCCCUGAGGUCCCAGGGCUGAGGGGGAAGAGGAGAACCAGGACCCAGCAGGCUCUGCUCCCUGCUCUGGACCUGGACGCUGCCUUCCCCACAACCCCCUUGCUUCUGCUCUGGCCCCAACUGUCUUUCCUUUCAUUGCUGUGUUCAGUCUUGGGGCUCAGAGAUUUGCUGAAAGCUCCUUGGUCCUCGUGGCCAGGCUCAUCCCAACGGUGCUCGUGCUGGCAUUUGAGGCAUCCCGAGUGUGAUCCCCGGACCCGUCCCUGGCUCCAGGAACUGCCUGAGUCACGGACGAAGCCAUGCUUGUCAGGCUCUGUGGGGCACCCCCACGCCUCUGCUUAGAUGAUGCUGAAACGCAGAUGCAGGAAGAGCCCGGAUAGGUUUCUGUCAUGAAUGGAAGAUGGCGUUUCUUAAAAAAUAUUCCGUGGUUUAGCCUUGACAAUAUCAUCUUGAUGUCCAUGCCUUCUGGGCUCCUUGUAGCAUCUGAUCCAACCACGUCACCUUCCAGAUAAGAACCUCAGCUCCGGAGCAGGGAAAAAGAACUUGCUUGAGGUUGCAUAAGCAGCUAGUGGCAAAGCUGGGAUUAGAACACACAGCCCAGGGCCCAUUCUUUGGCACCACCUACACGGUUGGUUCAACAAGGGCUGCAUUUCCUGGGGCCCUGGCUGGGAGGUGUCUGCAGUCAGGGGUGCUGGUGGGGCCUCUGACUCUGUUCCUUUCAUCGGGAGGGAUACUGGGCUUUUCAGUGGCUUGUUCCUGGGUGACAUUGACUCUUCAACUCUGGUGUGUAAGGGGGUGGAGGCCAGGGCAUAGAUGCAGUUAUCCAGCCCUCAGUUUCCCCCUUUUCAGUUAAGAAAAGUGUAAAUGAGAAGUCUUUGAUUCUCCCUGGUCCUUAAACAAAGGUGGUAGUAAAAAUAUAGACUCAAGCGGCUAGGUGGGACGAGAGCCUGUUUCAGUUUCUUACCCUGACUGUUCAAGGUGCCAUCUCAAACACUACCUUCGUCCUUCCACUGGGAGUCAGCAGAGGCGGGCCUGUCAUGGGGGAGUAGGCAGGGUUCCAGCAGAGCUUAGGGCUGCGGGUGGCAGGCAGCGAUCAGAUCAGCUGUGCAGCUGUACUCAGGACAGCUCAGCUCCUCCCCCAGCCUGUGGAUACCCCUUUCUCGAAGGCCAGGCAUGGGAGGCAGUGGAGUUCACUUAGGUUGUCCCCAGGUGGGGGCCAGGUGGGGCAUUCUUCUACAAACUCUGAUCUGUUUUACCACUAGCUCCCUGCCCUGCUCGCCUCAUGUCUCCCUCCUUUUAGCUGGGCCGUGUGCCACUUUGAGGGGAAGGAGACAACCCCCACUAGGGCCAGGGACAGGGGAGCCCUGCCUAGAGCGAGGCCACUGGGGCAGUGGCUCUGUUCUGUGCCUGACCUGCCCUGGGGAGAGGGUGUGUGGCUGGAAGACUGGAAUUUAAAUGCCAUUGUCUUUGAUUCUGUGACAUUUCUGCUUGGAAGAGUCAGUCCCCCGUUCCCGCUCCUUAGCAUGUGUGCCAACUCUCCCCUGUCAUGGAGUUCCCCUUCACACUCCAGCCCAGGGAAUGCUGACGUGGCAGUGUGCAGAGAUCCCUCGGUGUGACCGAACCUUAGAGCUGUAGCUUGGAGAUGCUGAUCACGUGGUGAAUGACUUUCCUUCCUUUCCUCUUCGUGGGGAGGGGUUUGUAGACCCUGACUGCCUAUGUAAUGUAAAUAGUGUACAUUUAAUUUAUUGCUAUGGUAGCACAUUGUAUUUGUUAAUGUAUAAAACAAAUUCUAAAAGGUUGACAAAUGUAUAUUUUGUUGCUUAAAUGUGUCUUUGCAGAAAUUGACAAUAAAUAACAUAUUUUGUGUCCA